ACCUGGACUAUCCAGGCAGCCAGAGGGCACGAGUUGGCACGAUGGCGCUGACGAAGGUGCAGAAGGGCUCAGCGUACUUCUCCCGCUACCAGGUGAAGUACAAGCGGCGGCGGGCCGGCAAGACCGACUACCGCGCCCGCCUGCGGAUGUGCACCCAGGACAAGAACAAGUACAACACGCCCAAGUACAGGCUGGUGGUGCGCUUCACCAACCGCACCGUGGUGUGCCAGGUGGCGUACGCCACCAUGGCCGGCGACAAGGUCAUCUGCGCGGCGUACAGCUCCGAGCUGCCGCGCUACGGCCUGAAGGUGGGCCUCACCAACUACGCCGCCGCCUACUGCACCGGCCUGCUGGUGGCGCGCCGCAUGCUCAACAAGCUGGGGCUGGACAAGCACUACGAGGGCAACACCGAGGAUGUGGGUGAGGACUACAAUGUGGAGGCCGAGGACGACGCGCCCCGCCCCUUCCAGUGCAUCCUCGACGCCGGACUCAAGCGCACCUCCACCGGCUCCAAGGUGUUUGCCGCGCUCAAGGGCGCGCUGGACGGCGGCCUGGACAUCCCUCACAACGAGAAGCGCUUUGUGGGCUUCGACCCCGACUCCAAGGAGUUUGACGCCGAGGUGCUGCGCAAGUACAUCUACGGCGGUCACGUGGGCGAGUACAUGGAGGAGAUGCAGGAGGAGGACCCUGAGAAGUACACCGCGCACUUUGCCGAGUACCUCAAGGCGGGGCUGGAGUCUGACGACCUGGAGGACAUGUACACCAAGGUGCACGACGCGAUCCGCGCCGACCCCGCGCCGCAGCUCAAGGCCCGCAGCAAGCCCGCGGAGUCCAAGCGGUGGAAGGAGGUGAAGCUGACGUAUGAGCAGCGCAAGGACAAGCUCAAGGCGAAGCUGUCGGAGCUGAUGGCCGGGGAGGACGACGAGUGAAGAAAGAGCCGGGAAGGGGUUUUGACCGGCGGUCAACGGCCGACGCGCGGCCGGCGGCCGGCACCCCGCGCCAAGGUUUCGGGCGGCGGCUAGACCCAGAAAAAGCCGGCGCGAUGCAGCAGCCAGGCCGCGGUGGCGCCCUCCCCUGGAGCCGGAGUCUCAGGAUGGGCCCGUGCGCGGCGGUGGCAGAGUUCAGGGGCCGGGGGCGCGGCGCUGCCUGCGCACCCCACCCCUGCCUUGCCUGCCUUGCCCUCUUGUAAGGCAAACACACCCGCAA